GAACGCCAUGUCGAACAUCGAGCAAGCGCCCCUUGCCGCUACCCCAGUCGAAGCACCGGCAGCUACGCCCGUCGAGGCGCCGGCCGCCGCUGCUGUGCCCACCCCUGCCGAGACCACGGUGGAGUUCGUGGCCAAGCCCGGUGAAGCGGCCGUCAAGCCCGAGUUUCGCCGCGUCUUGCCGCCCAAGGCCGAAGGCGAGGACGGCGAGCGCGAGCGAGGCACGUUCAAGAAGCGUCCGCGCGACGCCGCCGACGAUCCGUCGACGAUGUUGUGCCGUGCGGUGGCCGCAGGCGAGGGCUGCGCGUACAGCGACUCGUGCAAGUUUAGCCACGACGUCGCUGACUACAUGAAGCGCCGGCCCAAGGACUUUGAGGGUCCGUGCCCGGUGUACACGGCGCUCGGCUACUGCCGGUACGGCCUCAACUGCCGCUACGGUCUCACGCACGUCGACGCGAACGGCGUGAACCUCGGGACGCCGGCCGACGAGAAGACGGUCGAGAUCAACGAGCUCGACACGGCGACGCGCGACCAGUUGCGCAAGAACAAGUACCCGUUCCGCACGACGGCGGCGUCGCACCAGAAGAAGGGCGGGAAGGCCAAGCAGGAGCGCAACAUCGAGUACGACGUACUCGACAACCCGGAGCCUGCCGAGCACAAGCCCGUGGACUUUAAGGGCAAGAUCUACGUCGGCCCGCUCACGACGGUCGGGAACCUCCCGUUCCGCCGCGUGCUCAAGCACUGGGGCGCCGACAUCACGAUCGGUGAGAUGGCCAUGGCCACCAACUUGCUCCAAGGCCAGGCGUCCGAGUGGGCGCUUCUGCGCCGCCACGAGUCGGAAGACGUCUUUGGCGUGCAGAUCGCCGGGGCCUACGGCGACCAAAUGGCGCGCGUCUGUGAGCUCAUUACGCGCAAGACAAAAGUGGACUUCAUCGACAUCAACAUGGGCUGCCCCAUCGACCUUGUGUGCAAGGCCGGUGGUGGUGCGGCGCUCAUGAACCGCCCGCCGAAGCUCUACUCGGUCAUCUCUGGCGCGUUGACUGGCAUGGAGCUCGGCAGCUUUGGCCUACCGACGCGCCCGAGCCUCACGGUCAAGAUGCGCGCCGGCUGGUCCGAGAAGACGCCGAUCGCGCACAAGCUGCUGCCAAAAGUCCAGACUUCGAUUUCAAGCAACGAGUUUAUGAACCAAAGCGUCGUCCUCAACUACGCGCUCAAGACUGACGUGCACGUGAAUGCGCUCACGGUCCACGGCCGGUCGCGCCUCCAGCGCUACACCAAGAACGCCGACUGGGUCUACGUGGCCGAGUGCGCCGACACGCGCGGCGACGACAAGGCGAUGCAGAUGGUCGGCGGCGGUGACGUGCUCUCGUACGAAGAGUUCCACGAGCACCUUGCGUCGGGCCAGAUCGACACGUGCAUGCUCGCCCGUGGAGCACUCAUCAAGCCGUGGCUGCCGACCGAGAUCAAGGAGCGCCGUCACUAUGACAUCUCGUCGUCCGAGCGCCUUGACAUUCUCAAGGACUUUGUCAAGUGCGGCCUCGAGCACUGGGGCUCGGACGCCAAGGGCAUCAACCGCACGCGCCGCUACUUGCUCGAGUGGAUGUCGUUCCUCUGUCGCUACGUGCCCGUUGGCAUCCUCGAGCAGUUGCCCCAGCGCAUCAACGACCGUCCGAUGCCUUAUUAUGGCCGCAACGACCUCGAGACGCUCAUGGCGAGCGACCAAGCCGCCGACUGGGUCAAGAUCUCGGAGAUGCUGCUUGGCCCUGUCCCCGAGGGGUUCCAAUUCGUGCCCAAGCACAAGGCCAACGCGUACGGCUAAGCAUCGCACGGCCUCGUCAUUAGCCCCUCUAAUAGUCGCCGAUAACCAUGUGUAUAUGACUAUACCUCAUCCUCUU